AUAGUUUACGUUCUUCUGACCAAAGAUUGUGUAACUGUGGUUGAAAGUUUUGUUUAUAUUUGUAAUAUUGUUUGAAAAUGAGCUCGGCUGAUAUAGUUAGUACGUUACGAAAAUUCGAUGCAUACCCCAAAACUUUGGAUGAUUUUAGGAUCAAAACAUUUGGAGGCGCAACAGUUACUAUAUUGAGCGGUAUCAUAAUGACAUUGCUUUUCGUCUCGGAACUACAAGCUUAUCUGUCACCAGACAUUUCGGAAGAGCUAUUUGUGGAUACUUCAAGAGGAACCAAACUUCGGAUAAAUCUGGACAUUAUUAUACCUUCUAUUUCUUGUGAAUUUUUGGUGCUUGAUGCUAUGGACACAUCAGGCGAGCAACAUCUGCACAUUGAGCACAAUAUAUACAAGAGAAGAUUAGAUAAAUCAGGAAAUCCAGUUGAAGAACCACGAAAAGAAGAUUUGGGAGCUACAAUAACUGGCUCACAGUUUUCGCAGGACAGUAACACAACAAAGGAAACUUGUGGAAGCUGCUAUGGGGCUGGUGGACCAAAUGAGUGUUGUAAUACAUGUGAACAAGUUAAACAAGCAUACAGGAGAAAACAGUGGGCAAUUGACAAGUUGCUAGAUGUUAAACAGUGUCAAGUGGAGAAUUAUUCAGACAAACUGAAAACAGCUUUUACUGAAGCUUGUCAAAUAUAUGGCUACAUGGAAGUGAACAGAGUAGGGGGCAGUUUCCAUAUAGCACCUGGCCAGAGCUUCUCUAUUAAUCAUGUGCAUGUGCAUGAUGUGCAGCCAUUUUCUUCGUCCAAUUUCAACACAUCACAUCGUAUAACACAUUUAUCAUUUGGUAAAAACAUUCCUGGAAAAACAAAUCCUAUAGAUGGCACUGAAGUUGUUACUCAUGAAGGUUCUACAAUGUUUCAGUACUAUGUCAAGAUUGUUCCUACAACAUAUGUGAGCAAAGAUAACACAAUCUUACUUACAAACCAGUUUUCUGUAACCAGGCACCAGAAAGUUAUAUCUACAAUCAGUGGUGAAACAGGGAUGCCUGGAAUUUUUUUCAACUACGAGUUGGCUCCUAUGAUGGUGAAGUACACUGAAAGAGAAAGGUCAUUUGGACAUUUUGCAACUAAUGUAUGUGCCAUCAUAGGUGGUGUAUUCACAGUGGCUGGUCUUAUUGAUUCUCUGUUGUAUCACUCAUAUAAAGCUAUUCAGAAGAAAAUUGAGUUGGGGAAGGUGAAUUAAAACCAGUUUUCCAUCAAGAGUCUUACUGAAUGAGCAAAAAUGCUCCCACUUAAUGGCUGUUCCCUUGGUGUUAUGAAAAGCCUACAAGUCAGUUACACCAUAGGGGAAUAGAUGUAUUUGAAUGAAGUUUAAAUUGUCAAUUAAAUAUCUACAGUUGAAAUGUGUCUUGAUUACCUUAGAUUUAUUGCAUUAAUUGUCAGACACUUACUUUUAUGAAUGUAAUUUCCAAAAGAAUUCGUUUAAUUAAUUACAUUGCAUUUAUGUACCAAAAAUAUACACAGUUAUGGAGACAUCUUUGCUCAUGGUAGAGUGUAAGAACUGGUGUUUUAAUCUGAUUUUCAGUAUUAAACAUAAUCAUAAAUAGUCAUUGUUGCAUACAUAUCAGUUUUGUAAUUGUUUUCUUUAUUGACUAUUGUGUUUUUACACGUUAAUUAAAAGACAAGAAAAAGUUA